UGGCUUUGGAUGCAGCCAAUCCUCCUUUCGCUGAUGGCAUAGUCUCCCCUCCCCACAGCCCGGGCGCGCCCCUCCCUCGCGCGCCUCGCCACCUCCCGCAGCAGUGCGAGCGCGGCGCGGCCCGGAGCGGCAGCGGCGGCGCCUGAGUCUCUGCCCGGCAGCCGGGGACACGGGGAGCGAGUGCGCGCCUCCUCCUGCACCCUCCGCCCCUCGCAGCCCCGGUCCCCCUGCGCGCUCUCCUUCCCUCCCUCCUUCUCUUCCUUCUCUUACCCCACCACCCCCUUCUUCCCCUUUUCUCUCUGCCUGGCCGAUCGCUCCUAGAUUCCCAUCCUCCCCCCAACAGCCCCGUCGCUCUCCCUGUCGCCCCCUCCCCUCUUCUCUGUCACACUCUCUCUGCUCCUUCACUCGGCCUCUCAUUUGCUUGCUCAUCUCCAAACGUGGAUCCGCGGCUCCCGGAGGAGCCUAGCUCCGGGAUCCCGCGCGCACGGAGCACCUGGAGUCCGGCCGGCGGCGGCCCGAGCCUGGCCAGAGGCAGAGGCAGCGACAACCCAGGGAACCGUAGCAGGGACCGCGGACACCGCAGGAACCCCAGCGGCAGCGGCCGCGGCCGAGAUGUCCCGGCGAAAGCAGAGUAAACCCCGGCAGAUCAAACGGCCGCUGGAAGAUGCCAUCGAAGAUGAGGAAGAAGAGUGUCCCGUAGAGGAGGCUGACGUCAUCGCGAAAGGAGACUUUCCAUUGGAGGAAAGCUUCCCCACAGGCUUCGAGUCAGAAAAUCUGAGUUGUGAAGAAGUGGAGUUCUUUUGUAACAAAGGUGAUGACGAAGGAAUCCAGGAGCCAGCCGAAUCAGAUGGGGACAGCCACUCAGACAAACCGGGGCAGCCUGGAGUAGAGACAGACGACUGGGAUGGACCAGGAGAGCUAGAAGUGUUUCAGAGAGAUGGGGAAAGGAAGAUUCAGAGUCGGCAGCAGCUUCCGGUGGGAACGACCUGGGGCCCUUUCGCUGGGAAGAUGGACUUGAACAAUAAUUCCUUGAAGACGAAGGCUCAGGUCCCCAUGGUGCUGACUGCUGGUCCCAAGUGGCUUCUGGAUGUGACUGGGCAAGGAGUGGAGGACAGCAAAAACAACUGCAUGGUGUACAGCAAAGGUAAGCCCAGGUCCCGUCCCUGUCUCCUCAGUGGCUCUGAAGCCUGAGAAAUUCGAACUGCUCCAGAGGAAUGAGAGGGGACCACGGAUAGCGUAAGCCUCUUGCUUCUCUUUUCCUUUGCGAGCCUCACCACUCUGUUUUUCCUUGAAGCGUUCUGACUUUUACUUCUGUACAACACAAACACAAAGAGUCACAGCAUUAAGUCCUUAGUGCUGGGCACCAUUUGCCAAGCCCCCUGCGUGAAUGGCUUGACUGGUGUGCCUUGCUUUCACUCUUAGUUUUAUGGGCAGCUGCCUAUUGUGAAGUCUCUGAUUCCCUUCUUAGUCACUGUCAACCAAAAAGCAUAUACCUUUUGAAAUCUAGCACUUUGUGUCCAGGCGCCUGCUGCAGACGCACGCUUGCAGUCGGAUUCCCGAAAUCCUGCAGGAUGAGAAGGGAGCUGAAAAGGAAAACUUUGCAAAGCCCAAAU